UUAGAGAAGCAUGUUGUCAUGUUAUCUUUGGUGAAAUCGAUAUAUCAUAUCUUCAUAUCAACCGGCCCUAGUUUGCAGGGUGUUAUUAGCUUCAGGGUGUGUGCUGGGGUUGCUGGAAUAAAGUUAGUACCCUAAUGAGGUAGGGGGAGAGAAAGACAGGUGGGUGGAGUCAGAGAGAUUUCCCCAACUGGCUGGCUAUCUUUUUAGAGGGAAAGAAGAGAGGGCAGGGUGGAGGAGGGAUGGCAUUGGGGGAGAGACAGAGAGGUUUUCCCAGCUCUCCUUUUACAGGGUGUGCGAGAGAGAGGGGAUGGCUGCGGGGGAGAGAUAGAGGCAGAUAGACAGAUUUCCUCUGGCAGGGAGAUAGAAAACACAAAGAAACAAGACCGAGUAUACAGAGAGAGAGAGAGAGAGAGAGAGAGAGAGAGAAUGGACACCUUGGCAUUAGAGGCCACUCAACCCAAACGGGCUCCGAAUGCCUCCACAGUCAGUGGCCUCCCAGGGCCGGUGCCGGGCAAACGCAAGCCCACCAAAAAAGCUAAAAAAGCUGUUGUCUUUUUCGAGGUGGAGAUUUUGGAUGCCAAGACCAAGGACAAGCUCUGCUUCUUGGACAAGGUGGAGCCCAAUGCAACCAUUGGAGAGAUCAAGUCGAUGUUCCAUAAGAGCCACCCACAGUUCUAUCCCGCCAGACAGUCCAUCCGUCUCGACCCCAAAGGAAAAUCUCUGAAGGAUGAAGACGUGCUGCAGCACUUGCCUGUGGGAACCACGGCAACCUUCUACUUCAGAGACCUGGGAGCCCAAAUCAGCUGGGUCACGGUGUUUUUGACAGAAUACGCCGGCCCACUGAUCAUCUACCUGAUGUUUUAUUUCCGUGUGCCGUUUAUUUACCAGCCCAAAUACGACUUCACCACGAGCAAGCACUGGGUUGUACACUUGGCUUGUAUGUGCCACUCCUUCCACUACGUCAAGAGACUCCUAGAGACACUGUUCGUCCACCGCUUUUCUCACGGGAUGAUGCCUCUACGCAAUAUCUUUAAGAACUGUACAUACUACUGGGGAUUCGCAGCGUGGAUGGCUUACUACAUCAACCACCCGUUAUACACACCACCUACCUACGGAGAGCAGCAGGUGAAAGUGGCCCUCAUUAUUUUCCUGUUCUGCCAGAUCGGAAACUUCUCAAUCCAUAUCGCACUGAGAAAUCUACGACCACCAGGAUCUAAAACUAGGAAGAUCCCGUAUCCGACUAAAAACCCCUUCACCUGGAUCUUUCUGCUUGUGUCCUGCCCUAACUACACAUACGAGUUGGGCUCGUGGCUGGGCUUCACCCUGAUGACUCAGUGCCUGCCGGUGGCCUUCUUCACCCUAGUGGGCUUCAUCCAGAUGACUGUGUGGGCGAAAGGGAAACACCGCAGCUACCUGAAGGAAUUCCGUGACUACCCACCUCUGCGUUCCCCCAUCCUGCCGUUCAUCCUGUAGACCUGGCCUGCUCACAAACCACACCCCCUACCUGACAUCACCCCGUCGGAACCAAUCACCUUCAAAAGACCGUGUGUCCUUCCUGGUUCUCAGCACACCAUCUCACGAUACCUAAACCUUUCACCAGAGGCUGUUUUCACAGCACUGAAGAUUUUAUUAGCUUGAUUAUAAAUGAUUAAACCUGUCCAGGGGUGUGUGUGUGUGUGUGUGUGUGUGUGUGUGUGUGUGUGUGUGUGUGUGUGCGCGCGCGCGUGUGUGUGAGAGAGAGAGGGACUAGUCAAAGGGCUGAUGGUGAGAUUCUGGACUUGACCAUGCUGUAGCUUCUGGAUCACUUACAUGACCGUAAUCUACGGUUCCUAAACCACUGUUGUGUUUAAUACUGUAAACUAACAUGUGUCCCCCCGCCCCCUCCCUCCAGAUCAAAUUAGUAAUGCAGUGUUUACAGAUACGUGUAAUAGUCUAAUGGAGCGGAGUAAAAUGGGAAACGUUUUACAUCAUGGCACAGGUUUUGAAUAGCCGACGCUCUUGGUGAAUUCAUGUUGAUUGUUUACCGUUACUAAUGUUUACAUUCGAAAUACAAAGUUAUACAAGUCUGCUUUGGUGUUUGUGUAAUGUUUAAGCUGGAGGGAUUUAGAUAAUAAAUACAGAAACAAUGUUUAAAAAUAAAUAAAUAAAUAAAUUCAGAAUGUC